UCCCUCCCCACCUCCUCUCCUCUGUGUCUCCCUGACUGGAGUCCCACUGAGCGGCUCUCAAACUUCAGUGUCGAGCCCGAAAGCGGAGGACGAAGAGCCGGAGCCGACAGACAAACCGACAGACAGACAGUCAGACCCGCAACAAAACAGCACCAACAAGCCGCUUUCAUAUCUCCUUUUGUUUCCCCCCCAAAAAACGAUCAUCAAGCUUCGGUUUAAGGAUUUACGCGCAGCUCUCGGAGUUUGAUUUUGAUGAUUUUUCCUCCAUUGUUUGUCGAAGUUUCCGACUGUCACGUUUCAGUUACGGACCUUUAUCUCGACUAUCUGUGGGAUUAAUCGUUUUAAUUCAACACUGACAGAUAUAAACACUCAUCUGCUUCGUGUGUGCAGCUGUUUUUCGGAGUGUUUUCUCCUCUAAAGGAGCGCUAACGGUAAGGCAACAUUUGGACCACCAUGGGGAAAUAGCGGGGAUCUCUCUGCAACCGACCCCGUUGCUUUUUUGACUGCUUCAUGCUCAUUUUUUAAAGACAGAGCUCACUUUUUUGACUAGAAUAAUGAGCAUGGAUGGUUGUCCGUUGAAGGUGGUGAUUUUUCUGUGGUGUCUGCUGGUGAUUUCUGGCUCCAGCUUUGAGAUCGGCUCCUACGACCUGGAGCGAGGCAGACCGGCCAAGUGCGAGCCCAUCGUGAUCCCCAUGUGCGAGGGGAUCGGCUACAACCUGACCCGCAUGCCCAACUUCAUGGACCACGACGACCAGAAGGAGGCUGCCAUCAAGCUGAACGAGUUCGCCCCUCUGGUGGCUUAUGGCUGUGAUGUGCACCUCCGCUUCUUCCUCUGCUCCCUCUACGCCCCCAUGUGCACGGACAAAGUGUCGACCUCCAUCCCCGCCUGCAGACCCAUGUGUGAGCAGGCCAGGGAGAGGUGUGCACCCAUCAUGAAGAAGUUCAGCUACACCUGGCCGGACUCGCUGGACUGCUCCAAGCUGCCCACCAGAAACGACCCCAACGCUUUGUGCAUGGAGGCCCCCGAGAAUGAAACCAGAACUGAGGGCAAGAAAGGCGAAGGCAUGCUCCCGGUGGCCCCUCGCCCCAGGCAGCCGGGCACCAGCAGCGGACGCUCACCGGGCAGCAUCGGCUCGUGUGAGAACCCAGACAAGUUCCAGUUUGUGGACAAGAGCCAGUCGUGUGCUCCGCGCUGCUCCCCCGCCGUGGAUGUCUUCUGGUCCAGGCAGGACAAGGACUUUGCCUUCAUUUGGAUGACAGUGUGGUCCAUCCUGUGCUUCAUCUCCACUGCCUUCACCGUCCUGACCUUCCUCCUGGAGCCGCACCGCUUCCAGUAUCCCGAGAGGCCCAUCAUCUUCCUCUCCAUGUGCUACAACGUCUACUCUGUGGCCUUCAUCAUCCGCUCGGUGGCUGGGGCUGAGAACAUCGCCUGCGACCGAGAACACGGCGAGCUGUACAUCAUCCAGGAAGGGCUGGAGUCCACAGGCUGCACCAUCGUCUUCCUCAUCCUCUACUACUUUGGCAUGGCCUCCUCUAUCUGGUGGGUCAUCCUCACCCUCACCUGGUUCCUGGCAGCGGGGAAGAAGUGGGGCCAUGAGGCCAUCGAAGCUCACAGCAACUACUUCCACAUGGCCGCUUGGGGUAUCCCCGCUCUGAAGACCAUCAUCAUCCUGACAAUGAGGAAGGUGGCAGGGGACGAGCUGACAGGGCUUUGCUACGUAGGGAGCAUGGACUCGGGGGCGCUCACCGGGUUCGUCCUCAUCCCUCUCUCCUGCUACCUGGUCAUCGGCACCUCCUUCAUCCUCACCGGCUUCGUGGCUCUCUUCCACAUCCGGAAGGUGAUGAAGACCGAAGGCACCAACACGGAGAAGCUGGAGAAGCUCAUGGUGAAAAUCGGCAUCUACUCCAUCCUCUACACGGUGCCGGCCACCUGCGUCAUCGUCUGCUACUUUUACGAGAGGCUCAACAUGGACUACUGGAAGCUGAGGGGGCUGCAGAUGAAGUGCGGCUCGUUCAGCGGUCACAGCAGCGACUGUUCGCUGCAGACGUCCGUGCCAACCGUGGCCGUCUUCAUGCUGAAGAUCUUCAUGUCGCUGGUGGUGGGCAUCACCAGUGGCGUGUGGGUGUGGAGCUCUAAGACCUUGCAGACCUGGCAGGGCCUGUGCAGCAGGAAGCUGACGGACAGGACUAGUAGCAGGAAACCCUGCAGCGGCGUGAGCUGCGGCAGCACGCACUGCCACUACAAAUCUCCUGCUGUGGUCCUGCACAUGGCCAAGACUGACCUGCACUCAGACAAUCCUACACACGUCUGAGACAGAGCGUGCACUGACACACACACACACACACACAUACAUACUGCCAAAUGCAAACACAUUCACUGACACACACACUCAAACACACACACACACACCUAUGCCCUGUGUAAGGAGCUGCUAAAAAAAACACUUUAUAAGAAGAAGAGUGGUUGAAUUGAACUGUCAGUUACUCCUCUGCUGCUGCCAAGGGACACGCAGGUACAGGAUGAGAAACUAUCCAUAAACAGUAUUCAAUGCAUAAAGGGAAAUGUUCAGUAUUGUUACCCAUAUUUUUCUGUUCCUUAGUGUUCUGUGCAGUAGACAUGCCCAGUGUUGCAAAGCAAAAAAAAUACAAAAAAUGGGAGGCAUCUUGGGAAAUAUUCUCCUCCAUGAAAGUGGCAUGAUUAGCUGUAUAAAUCUGUAUAAAUGUUUUAUUUAUUGUAAAUAUAUUUAAUUUAAGUUCACCUUGGCUCUUACCAGAUUAUUGUUGUUUAGAUGCAUUUAUUAAAGGUCAAGGGAAAUAAGGUGCCUUUUAUGAAGAACUCUUCUGGUUCUGGCCUUUUGGAGGAUAAUAAAUUUGUGGAAUUCAUGUUGAACUCUC